UGUGAAGGCAUUGUGGACUUUAUCCUUCGACAAACAAAACCAAUCAGAAAUGAUAGAAAACAAGGAUAAUAAUUGUGUCAUUGAUAUAUUUAUUCGACACAGUAAAUCUGAAGAUUCUGAGGUUAGGAGAACUUGUACCAAAGCUCUUUGGACGAUGAAGGAUGGUCUGAGAACUUCUCAAUUCUACCAGCAAAAAGUUGAAAAUUUAAAAUUACCUGACGCAAUUAAGACGAGCAAGGCCACACAUGACAGUCAUGUCAUGAUAAGCUACAACCGGGGUCAUCAGACAAUCAUGAAACAUAUAUGUAGAUGCCUAAGAAACAAUGGAAUCAAAGUAUGGAUGGAUAUUGAUGAUAUGCAUGGAUCUACACUCCAAGCAAUGGCUAACGCUGUGGAGAAAGCCGACAUUGUCCUCGUCUGUUGUUCACAAAAGUAUAAAAACAGCGAUAACUGUAGAGCAGAGGCGGAAUACGCAUUUCAGUUGAAGAAAAAUAUCAUACCAUUGAAGAUGGAUGGUGGUUAUAAAGCUGAUGGGUGGUUGGGAUUUAUUAUAGGUGCUAAACUAUUUUACGACUUCAGUGGAAAAUAUUCUUUCGAAAACAAGAUAAAAGAGUUAAUCAAAGAUGUACAAACUUCAUUACAAGAAAUAACGGGCACGGAAUCCAUAUUGCCUAAUACGGACAUAAAAGUUCAGCCGUUGGUAAACAAUCAUGUUGCAUCGUUCUCAAGUGCACCUUCUGCAAAGUCAAAAAAAAUGGCAGUUGAUAUUGACAAAGUAAAAACGUGGACUCCUCAGCAUAUUGGUAGUUGGCUGGAUAAGAACAGUUUACCAAGAAAUUUGUUGGGAAGAUUAACUGGUAUAGAGAUUGCGUUUCUUUGUGUCUUGGUAAAUGAGUCACCAGAUAUGUACUACAAGGUAAUUGGAGAACAGCUAGGCGUGAAAGAUAUACUGACCAUGGCCAAACUGAGAUUUGCUUUGGAGGCUUUGGAUACGAACGCAUAAUACAUCUCCCACCGAGCAUACGGUACAAUUCAUUAUUAACUGAGGAUGUAGAAAAACUGAUAACUUUAAACACAGAGAACAAUACUUGUUUCUUACGCAGGGAGCAAAUCGUUGAGUGUAUCUUGUGAUUAAGAAAGAACUAUUAUCAUUCACGAUUGAACGUGAACAAUUAUAGAGAAAUAAUCCUUAUAAAUGUACAUAUAUUGAACAAUAACUGAUAUGUUUGUGCCAACUAUAAUACACAAUUCAAUACAGAAAUGAAUAACUGGUGAACACAUGGGAUCAGGAGGGUGCAGUUAUUUUUAUAGUUUCAAAGUUGAGAGAGGAUAAAGAUGGGUUUUUUUGCCUCAUUUCUUACUUUUUAACUCAUAUGAGUAUGUAAAAAAUCUUAAUGUACUAUAAUUCUGACUAGGAAACUGUCCCAAAUAUUUGAAUUUCCUUGUUUUUCCAACAGUAUUAGAAAAGUUGUUAGUUCAUUUAAAGUUUAACUAGUUUUCCCUUCUUUAAUGUGACGCCUUAAUUAUUGAAUACUAGGAAGCACUACAGUCUGAUGCAUGAAAAUGUUAGUGGUCAUCUUAACUAUACUGUAAAUUUAAUGUCUCCUAAAAUACGAAGUCGAAUUUAAUUGGUAAAGUAUAAAGCGGAGAUAUUACUAUAUCUUUAUAUAUGCUAGUGCAAUAUUACAAAUCUUAUAUAUCAUGAUAUUAUUCUUAAUAAAUUUUAUGUUUUAUUCA